AUGAGCGAGGCGGCGCUGAAGCGCGAGAUUACCUUGCAAGAGGCGUCUGAGGUGGUGGACAACAAAUCGCAAGUGUUCCCCAAGUCCCCGACCGACACGAGGGAUGGGACGCACGGGGUGUUCGCCGCCACGGAGCCGUUCGAACAUUCCAUCUCUCUGUGCACUAAGGUCUCUGUCUACGUCACCCUCGCCUUGUUCUUUCUCUUCGCGCGCGUGCGUGAAGGCUAUCGCCAGUUCUUCCCGAGCGAUGGGAGCUACGUGCGCCCCGGCUACGCCCCGAUUGUGAAGGACUUCGACCACUACUGGAACCGCCGCUUUUACCGCCGCGUCCGCGACUGCUUCAUGCGCCCGAUCGACUCUCGCCCCUCGCGUGUUAUUGGACUGAUGGAGCGCGUGUCGAAGGACAACAACCAAACGUUCGAGUACAGCGGUCGCAUUGUGCCCGCGGUGAACAUGGGCUCGUACAACUACCUCGGCUUCGCCGAGGACACGCAGAGCAUCACGCACGAUGUUCUAGAUUCGAUCGACGACUACGGCCUCGCCUCAUGCAGCGCGCCGCAGGAGUUAGGCCAAAGCGCCCUCGUGUCUCGCCUCGAGCGCGAGUUCGCCGAGUUCCUCGGAAAGGGGGACGCCAUUGUGUGCGGCAUGGGCUUCGCCACGAACUUCCGCGGCCUCCCCACCCUCUUCGGAAAGGAGACGCUGGUGCUCUCUGACAGCCUCAACCACUCCUCGCUCGUCAACGGCGUGCGCUCGUCUGGCGCAAAGGUAAAGGUCUUUCAGCAUAAUCACUUUGGUCAGGUGGAGAAGUGCCUGCGUGAAGGCGUAGUGCUCGGCCAGGACCCAUGCGGCGAGUACAAGCCGUACAAGCGCAUCGUCAUCAUCAUUGAGGGCAUCUACAGCAUGGAAGGCGAGAUUGUCAACCUUAGGAAGUUCGUGGAGCUGAAGAAGAAGUACAAGGCUCUGCUCUUCCUGGACGAGGCGCACUCCAUCGGCGCUAUUGGUCGCACUGGCCGCGGUGUGUGCGAGCACACCGGCGUCGACCCCAAGGACGUUGACGUGCUCAUGGGUACCUUCACGAAGAGCUUCGGCUCCAUCGGCGGCUACAUCGCAGCCGACAAGCCGCUCGUUCGUUACCUCCGCCAGCAUAGUUCCAUCGCCCUGCACUGCGAUCCCCUGGCACCGCCGUGCGCGCAGCAGGUGCUGUCGGUGCUGCACGUGCUGCUCGGCAAGGACGGUACGGACCUCGGCGCGAAGCGCAUCCGUCAGCUCAAAGAUAACUCGUCGUUUUUUCGUCGCGGGUUGAUGGACCUGGGCCUGGUGGUGCUGGGCGAUGACAGCAGCCCGGUGGUGCCGGUGAUGUGCUACAGUAUCGGCAGGCUUAGCGCCCUCUCCCGCCUGUGCCUGGAGCGCGGUGUCGCUAUUGUCAUCGUCGGCUACCCGGCAACGCCGGUCCUGCUGGGCCGCGUGCGCUUUUGCGUCUCGGCCUGCCACACGCGCGAGGACCUCCAGCGCACCCUUGAUGUGCUAAAGGAGCUCAAGGGCUACGUCUGCAUGGAAGACAGCACGAACCCGCUGCGGUAA